ACUUUCGUGUCAGCAAAUACUGUGGCGAGCAUCUAAUAGUUGGCAAUGAGAUUCACUGGGAACCCUUGGACGGCGAUAACGAUUCUAAUGACGACGGCAACGAUGGAAUUUCCGAUAACAGUGGACACAACACUUCUACGGUAGAUUCGCAUCCCACCGACUAUUUGCUGCCGAAUGUCCCUGCCUCCGAUGUUGGUGCCAAUGGUGCAGGUCAUCAGAUCAGUGUUUCAAUGAAAAAAUCCGAAAACAUGUCUAGCGAGACUCACAACAAAGGUGGAGAUGAUUUCAAUGAAGAAUCGGUGGCUGUGGUCCAGAAGGACAUCGAGUGGGGCGCUGUCCGCCGAAGGCGCGAACCACGCCCAGAGCCAUUGCACGCAGCAACAGUGCAUUCGUUUCAUAAUUUGAAAAUAUUAAAACCCAUUGAUGAACCGACUAACAAUGGCACGGACGAUCCCAAUCUAGAGAUGGAAGCCGUCCGGAAUCGAAACCGUCAGCGACAGAAAGUUUUCUCGCAGGACUUCCGUGUACUGAAAAUACUGCCCAGUAAUGUGGACGUCGUGGAGGACAUAAAACAAAUCGGAAACGAGUACUACUUCAAGAAGGAUGUCGAGGUUGUGGUGGACGAUAGUGACAAUGAAAUUCUCAAAAGCGACACAGACUUCAAGCGCCUUGAGGGACGAGAGUUAAACUAUUCUGGAACCACUGGCGAUGGUAGUGGAAUAACAGAAACCUUGGACAUUGUUGUAUUGCCGGCACCGACUAAAGACGUAGAAAUUUACGAAAAAGAAAUUCUGCCGGAAGAAAGUUCACUCGGACCGAACGAUAUCAGUGUAAUUGGUAUAACAACCCCCACGAGAGUGUCUGCGGCCUACACCAUCGUCCCAACGGCUGGACUAUUUGAAAAGAUGCUCAAUACUUUUACCGAUGCUUCGCCUACGAUGCCUUCACCGCGGGUAACAGGUGUGGAGCCUACAAUCGGUCACUGGGACGAAGAAAGGAUUGAUCUGCCAGAGGUUGAAGAGUCAACACCGGAAGUACCGUCGGUACAGACGCAAGCGAACCAGACUGGUCAUGAAGACCGAGAUAACAUACCAUUUAGCUUCAACAAUCGAACAUUUAAGAAUAUCCAGGAAACGGUGCACAAGGACUUUGGUGUUGGUCAAGAACCCUAUCAUCCAAUCAUUGAUUAUGACACGGGCGUCGAUUCGAGUGAUGUUGAUGAUGAUGAAGAAGACGAAGAUACGAUUGAAAACAAUGAACAGUUCGAAAAGGAUACUGUCACCAGUUCGGGGUCUCACAGUUUUGUUGGACUAGAAUCAUUAAAAUUUCACAAAAAAUACAUGAGCGUUCAACGUACGUUAUUGAAACACCCUUUGCGACAGGGGUUUCUAAUGACUCCUGGCUAUCCGAAGUACUACAUCGGUGACAGCAUUUGUAGGUGGACGUUAUACGCGGGACUAAACCAAAGGAUAAAACUCACCAUUCUAGACAUAGCAUUGCGAUAUGACAACGAAUGCCGAGAUUAUCUUCAUGUUGUAGAUUUGAACACGAAUCAGACAUUGUUCCACAGCUGUACCGAAAGCACGCGCCCGAUAGAGAUUAUCAGCAUACAGGAACGGCUUGAGGUGGCGGUAAGGACAACAACAAAAAUCAUUUAUCCCAAACGAGGUGUGCUGUUACAUUAUACAG